AUGAAGCUCCUCAAGAUCCAGUCGGCCUUGGCUGGCAUUUUCAUCUCCGGCACCCUGGCUGCCCCGGCUGCCCCAGCUGUCGAGCCGCAGCCGGCCCUCGAGCCGCAGCCGGGCCCUGAUGCCGCUGCGCAAGUCCUCGAGGAGCGUUGGAAAACGGUCUCUGUCGACAUACCUUCUGUAGGCUCCAUCACUGGGCGCUCCCUUCUCAACACAGAAUCCUUCAACGCCAUCCCCUACGCCGACCCUCCCGUCGGCCCGUUGCGCCUGAAGCCGCCCAAGAGGUUCUCCGGAGAUCUUGGCACCCACGACGGCACGGGCAUUGCCCCGGCCUGUCCGCAGAUGCUCAUCUCGUCCAAGUCCGGGGACUUUGUCAGCAAUAUCGCUGGAAAGGUCCUCGACCUGCCCUUUCUCAAGGUGCUGCAGGGCCAGGAGGACUGCCUGACGCUCAACGUGCAGCGGCCUGCCGGCACAAAGGCCGGCGACAAGCUUCCCGUCCUCUUCUGGAUCUUUGGCGGCGCCUUUCAGCUGGGAGGCAGCAACUUGUACGACGCCACCAGCCUGCUCGCCUCGGCCGCUUACCAGGACCAGCCCUUUGUCUUUGUCGCCAUCAACCACCGCGUCGCCGGCUUCGGCUUCAUGCCUGGCAAGGAGGUGCUAGCGGACGGCAGCGCCAACAUCGGCCUGCUCGACCAGCGCAUGGCUCUCGAGUGGGUUGCGGACAACAUCGAGGCCUUUGGCGGAGACCCGGACAAGGUGACGCUCUGGGGCCUCUCGUCGGGCGGCAUCUCCGUCUUUGACCAGAUGCUCCUUUACGGAGGCAAUGCCACUUACAAGGACAAGCCCCUGUUCCGCGGGGCCAUCAUCAACUCGGGCGGCGUCGCUCCCGCCGACCCCAUGGACUGCCCCAAGGGACAGGCAGUGUACGACACGGUGGUGCGCGAGGCCGGCUGCGAAGGCUCCCCGGACAGCCUCGACUGCCUGCGCCAGCUCGACUACGCUACCUUUCACAAGGCCGCCAACUCGGUGCCCGCUUUCCUAUCUUACACCUCGGUCGCGCUCUCGUACGUGCCGCGCCCCGACGGCGUGGUGCUCCCCGAUAGCCCCGAGCGGCUCGUCGAGAGCGGCCGGAUCCACGCGGUGCCCAUGAUCAUCGGCAACCAAGAAGACGAGGGCACCCUGCUCGCCAUCUUCCAGUGGAACGUGACGACGGCCGACGACAUGGCCGACUACUUAUCCGACCACCUCUUCCAGACCACGCCGCGGGACAAGCUCAAGGAAUACGUGGACCUAUACAAUCCCGCCAUCCUACAGGGCAGUCCGUUCCGCACGGGAUUCCUCAACGAGCUGUACCCCGGCUUCAAGCGCGUGGCGGCCAUCCUCGGCGACAUGGUAUUUACGCUCUCGCGCCGGGUGCUGCUAAAGCAACUGUCGCGGGUCAAGCCGCAGAUGCCGGUUUGGUCGUACCUAUCGUCGUACGACUUUGGGACCCCGUUCCUGGGCACCUUUCACGGCUCCGAAGUGCUGCAGGUCUUCUUCGGGGUGUGGCCCAACCACGCGAUGCGAAGCACCCGGACGUACUACUUUAACUUUGUCUACAACCUGGACCCCAACAUUGGCGUGGGCAGCUAUGCCAAGUGGCCGCAGUGGAAGGAGAAGCAGGAGCUGUUGUGGUUCAAGUGGGCGUGGUCCAACGACUACAUCAAGGACGACUUUCGGAGCGGCGCCGGGGCUUGGCUGGACAAGAAUGCCCACCUGUUGCAUAUUUGA